AUGGUCUUGAUCAAAAAUCCGGCGCAAUACUAUCUCCCAGCAGCAGAAAUCCUUUGGGGGCUUUUCAGACCUGGAACUGCCUGCGCGCAAACCUAUGAGCAGUUGGUUAUUAUGAGAUUGUUUGUUGGAUUGAGUACCACAUCUUGCUACGUUGGCCUAGUUCGUGUGGCAAUUCGAGAGUGCUCUUGA